ACCCUCCUAAAAUCUGGACGCAAAACACAUUUGCAGCGAACGAUAAUGUCGAGGUGGUGGGGCGCCGCCGCCGGCCGCCUGAGAACGGCGGUAUCGAACCCUAGGUCAUUGUAUCUCUCAUCAUCACCUCCAGCUGCUGCGUACCACACGAUCCAAGCCAUUUCUAGAGAGUUCACCGGAAGCAAAGUCUCCGCUAGAGACAGAGCUCAAGGUCGAAUCCCGGCCGUCGUGUUUGCCCAACAACUCCUUACCGGCGGCAAUAUCAAUGGAAGAUCGGUGUCCAGGAAGCGUCUCCUGACCACUGAGAGGAAGCAGAUUCAGGCCAUACUCAAGUCCGUAGAACCGGAGUUCAUUUGCUCUACGACGUUUCCGCUCCAGAUCCGUGCCGGGUCCGGAUCCUCGGUUCUCCUUGAAUCUGGUACAGUACUUCCUCUCAAGAUUCAUAGGGAUGAAGCAACAGGGAAGGUUUUGAACCUAGUGUUUGCUUGGGCUGAUGAGGGCUCGGAGUUGAAGGUUGAUGUGCCCCUUGUUUUCAAAGGAGAAGACGUCUGUCCUGGUCUCAAGAAAGGGGGCUACCUGAACAGGAUAAGGCCUAGUUUGAAAUUCCUUUGCCCGGCCGAGCACAUCCCUUCAAAAAUUGAGGUAGAUGUGAGCAACCUAGAUAUUGGGGAUCGAAUACUCAUGCAUGAUGUGGAGGUUCACCCUUCAUUAAAGCUUUUAAGCAAGAACGAGACGAUGCCGGUUUGUAAGAUUGUGGCAGCAAAGUUAGAGAGAGCAGAAUCUGGAGGUAUAGAACACUGAAGUAGACAGUACGGGGCAUUUGGAAUUCACAUUGGCUCAACACAAGGGCAAGCGGUCAGAGAAUAAGUUUUGCUUGCUGUUAGGGUGGUAGCUGAAUUUGUGCUUGUAGAAACCCAUGUGGAUAACACAUUCUGAAUUGUUCUGGAAAAUUUGUUUUUACUGUUUCUUCUAAUUCAACUGUUUCUUUCCUCUUCA